UUCUGCAUGGCCAGAAAUAAUUUGCAAUCAAUACCUGGCUCACAAAUGCAAUUUAAUCCUGGUUUUUCAGUAGAUUAUUCGCAGGCAUUGAACAAUUUGGUAAAAUCUUCUUUGUUGGCAGGAAAACAAUCAACAGUUUCUACUCAGCCGACUCAAUUUCCUAUUCUUCCUCACAAAGAAUGGAUUUGUGCUAAGUGUGCUUGUAUCAAUGCUAAAGGAAUUUAUGCUUGCAAAAAAUGUGGUCAGUUGAUCGGCUCUAAGGCACAAUUUUCAAAAGAAUAUGCGACCAAUGACCGACCUCCAGUUGAAGUUCUCGGUGCUAGUUCAUCGUCAUUGCCUCUUGAGCCCGUAGUUCGUACUCCUUUUGGUCUUUUACAAACAUUUGCUUCUCCUGAUCCAAAAAAUUUUAUUUAUGAUGCAACCAAGGGCUAUUUUCAUGAUUCAACAACCGGUUUUUUCUAUGACAGAAAUUCUGAUUAUUAUUACAAUCCAAAAUCGAACAAGUGGAUGUUUUGGUGUAGCAAAUAUAGUACAUACAUUGAUUGUUCUGGUGGUGAUCUUGAACUCAAAAGAAGUCUUCAAGAAGAGGAGUUUGACAUUCAACAAAAGCGUUCCGAAAAAACAGAAGAUACAAUUUCUAAUGCUCCUUCUGGAAGUUUGGCUGUUCAACGCCGUAGCGAAAACAUUGCGGAUGAUUGGAUUGAUCUCAUUAAACGUGUCGGCGCAGGUGAUUUAUCAAAUUCGGGGAAGGCGGCGCCUACAAACACAACAACUUCAAAUAUGUCGCGGGCAGAAAAAUCAAGAGAUGAAUUUAUUGCUGACAAGGAAGAGAAAGAACUAAAGAAAUUAAUUACUUCAAAUGCGAAAUCAAAUCUUACUGAUUGUAUUCUGCAAAAUGAAAAGCUUUUGAUCGAUUUGCACAAACUUUUGGUGCAGGAACGGGAUCCGUCAGCAGUUAAAAAAAUACAGGCCCAGAUUUAUGCUUUUAAUUCAACUACGCGUUCUCUUCAAACUCUUCUUUCAAUGCUUGCAAGCGAUGAUACUUUUGCUAGUUCUCAAUCAAAGAGUCAAAAACCAGAUUCUUCAACUUUAAUAACUCCACAAUUCAAGCGACAUAUUACAAAGUCAAUUCAAAAUGAAGACAACGGCAGUUCUCAUCGCAACGUUGAGGAUGAUUCUUUUUACAGUUUAAAUUCUGCCAGAAAAUCUAGCCAAGAUGAGAAGGAACAGAGGAAGAAUGCGAGGCGAUCUGAUAAAUCAAAUAAUUCAUUGCGGGAUGCGAUUUUGGAAGGGAAGCGGACUGCUUUUGAUGAACAUAUUGAACAAGUGGAAAGAUUGCGAAAUAUGCUAGGCAGUGCAAAAAGCGGAGCUAACAAUAAGAAAAAUUGGAUAGAAUCACUACCAAAUAUUUCAUUCCCUAGAGAAGCAUCUCGCAAAGGAACCAGUUUCGAGGAUCAAAUUCGUACAAUUGUUGAUCAAAAUGUAGAGAAGCAGUGGAUACUUAAUUCUAGCAAUGAUGAUGCUAUUACGAUAAAAUCCAGUCGUCGAAGCCCAAGUCCUCGAAAAAGUAGUUCUCGUAGAACCCGCAGCAGAAGUCGUCACAGGACCCACAAGAGCCGAAGUCGAAGCAGAGAUCGUCGUCAAAGGAGUCGAAGUCGGCAGCGUACAUCUAAUCGAAAAUCCGAGCGUAGCCGAUCACGUUCGCGUCAUCGCGGCACCUUCUCUGAUGGGCGUUCUCGACGUAAUGGCAAUGAUGAUGAUGAUUUGGAAAUAAUUAGUUACAAACGGAAGGAUAGUGUAUCUGCACGCUCUCCUCAACCUCCUCCAGUUAUGCCAAUGACAAUUACGCCACCACCUCCUGGACUUUCAAGCAAGACUCCAGGUUCUCUUAAAGAGCUUUUUGAUCGCGCACAUUCUAUGUUAGCACAAGGAUUUGUUGGAGCAAAUUUACUCCAAAAAUCAGUUGAUCAAGGAAAUUUCUCUAGCAUGCAGAAUAUUCCUUCUGGUUUAAGUAAACAGCAAGAAGGUAGUUCGUUCCCCAGCGCUUUUUCAAUGUCUGCACCUUUGAGACCGCAAGGCAAGCUUAAUUUUUGGACAAUAAAGUUAUCUUUUUUAGUCAAUCCUAUUGCACCGCAGACUGGCUUUGGACUUAUGACCGGUAUCUCGCCGAAUUUGGGGCCAAAAAAUAUAUAUACUCCAAAUUCCAACCAGUGGAGGAUGCCUUAUCAGGCCAGUAAUCCAGUUGUUCCAAAUUUGCCCUUACCUAUUAUUUGUGAUUACUGCGGUCGUGAUGGACAUUCACGAGAAGUAUGCCCUUCUUUACCAUCAAAACCAAUUCUUACUCAAGAUCAAAGGGUCAUUCGAAAUGAACUCGAAAGCACCAACACAACUGCCAGAUUUACGGAAAAAGAUGCUGCUUUAGGUCUUUGUCUCAAUUGCGGUCGAUUUGGCCACAGUCAAGUAGGAUGUCUUCUUCCACGUAUUACUGAUCAUGAAUUACAGAAAAGAAUCCGUAAGGCAGAAGAUAAACAACGACUUCAAGAACUCGAUAAAUUGAAACUGAAAAGAAAAGCUGAAAAGUACACUGUUCGGCGCAACGAUCCAUUCAUUCAGAGAUUACGUGUUGUCGCUCCACAUGGGAAGAUUACCAAGGAACAUACUCGAUUGAUUUGUCAACGUUGUAGUGGUUUAGGUCAUAUUUGGAGUGAAUGUGCUCGUCCUGAAGCUCCCCGCUCUACACUCAAAUUGAUUACUGAGAAAAUGGAAGAAUUUAUUCAAGUAUUUUUUGUGCAUCUUAACGAUGAUAAUUUGAUUGAUUUCUCUGAAAAAUUUGAAAAGUUUAUCAUUAUGGAUGGGAUUGAAAAUAAUGGAACAGUUGAUCCAGUUGGACUUCAGUUACAAACUCGCUGUAAUCGUGGAGUUGUUACAAAGGGAGAUUUGCGAGAUUUGUGUAAAAAUUGUGCUUCUCUUGGGCAUGUUCCUGCUGAUUGCGGUCAGAGAUCUAUUUGCUCUAGACAACAUUACGAGAAAAUGCUUAAGCUUGUCGAUGCAUAUCGUGCGUUGGUUAAAGAAGGAAAUGGGAAUUUCUUUCUUCCUCGUAUAAAUCAAUCUCAAAAUCAACAACAACCUCAAUCUUCGAAUAUCAGUCACUCUUAUUCUACUGUGAUUAGACAUGUUGGAACAAAAGAACCGGAGAUCGUUUUGGUUGAUUCAGAUGAUGAAGGAUCGAAUGUCAAGCGUAAAAGUAAUCGAAAAAAGUAAAUAGUACUCAUGCAUCUCAAUUUGAUAUUCAAAUAUGUAUUUGUUUUGAUGUUAAUUUUUGUUCGGGGAUGGACAAAAUUCAAAAAAUAAUUG